CAACUUCUCCAUAUUUAGCUGGCCAGAGCCCCGCAGAGUUGAUCAUUGUGUCAACCGGGCAAAAAAAUCUGACAUUAUCGGGGAAUACAACCGACGCUUGACAGCUCUAGUACAACAAGAUUGCCCGCAUGACAGCUGACAUCUGGGGAGACAUUACGGUGGAACACUACACACCGUUACCGGCGGCAAGCUCGCGACAGCGGAUUUUGAGCAAGUAAAGUGUCCGUCGUCUGUCAGAAUUCGAGCUAGCUAACGUUAGCUUGCUAAUUACCCCAGUCUAUGGGUACUGGGUCUAGCUACAUUGUCUUUUUGUUUUCUGUGGAGGGGUGAUAUUUCAACAAAAGUCUAAUAAAUUUACUAUUAUGAUAUCUUGACAGUUUCUUCCCGUCCAGUCCUCGCAGUAGUUGGCUAGCCGUUAGGUAGCUAAGCUAAAACCGCUGUCGUUAAGCAACUAUCGCCGUGGCAGUGAAAGCUGAUUGGAUACUUUGGCCGUGUGAACGACUGGGCAGACACAGGGACACGGAAGACCCCCUGACAACCCCCGGCCAACCGGACACUAGAAAACGGUUAGACAGGGCCUUUGACAGAAAGAGUGCUGUAAGGGGGCUCGCGAGGGACUUCGACUAGCGCCGUGAGGCGCAGUGUCUCCGCUGAGGUACCAGAUUCAACUAAGCAAUAGUCCCUGACAUUUGACAAUUGAGAUCCGGACAGGGAACCGGACAGGGACCUCAUGAAUGGAAAUCGGAACUACAGGAGUCGUUGGGGCCCAGGCCCUGUUCUCCGUCCCCCGGCGGCCUGGCUAUGGCACCAUGGGCAAGCCCAUCAAGCUGCUGGCCAACUGCUUCCAGGUGGACAUCCCCAAGAUGGACGUCUACCUGUACGAGGUGGACAUCAAGCCUGAGAAGUGUCCCCGCAGGGUCAACAGGGAGGUGGUGGACUCCAUGGUGCAGCACUUCAAGGUCACCAUCUUCGGUGACCGCAGGCCAGUCUACGACGGGAAGAGGAGCCUCUACACAGCUAACCCCCUGCCUGUAGCUACUGCAGGGGUGGACCUGGAUGUCACUCUGCCGGGGGAGGGGGGUAAGGACCGCCCCUUCAAGGUGUCCAUCAAGUUUGUGUCACUGGUGAGCUGGCACAUGCUGCACGAGGUUUUAACAGGUCGCAGUGUUCCUGAGCCCCUGGAACUGGACAAGCCAAUCAGCACCAACCCUGUCCACGCUGUGGACGUGGUCCUCAGACACCUGCCCUCCAUGAAGUACACUCCGGUGGGGCGCUCCUUCUUCUCCUCCCCGGAGGGCUACGACCACCCUCUGGGCGGGGGGAGGGAGGUCUGGUUUGGCUUCCACCAGUCUGUACGGCCGGCCAUGUGGAAGAUGAUGCUCAACAUCGAUGUGUCGGCCACAGCCUUCUACAAGGCCCAGCCCGUCAUCCAGUUCAUGUGUGAGGUCCUGGACAUCCACAACAUCGACGAGCAGCCACGCCCACUCACAGACUCCCACAGGGUCAAGUUCACCAAAGAGAUUAAAGGUCUGAAGGUGGAGGUGACACACUGUGGAACCAUGAGGAGGAAGUAUCGAGUCUGCAACGUGACCCGCCGUCCGGCCAGUCACCAGACGUUCCCCCUACAGCUGGAGAACGGCCAGACAGUAGAACGUACGGUAGCCCAGUACUUCAGAGAGAAGUACAACCUGCAGCUGAAAUACCCCCACCUGCCCUGCCUGCAGGUGGGCCAGGAGCAGAAGCACACCUACCUGCCCCUGGAGGUGUGUAACAUAGUAGCAGGGCAGCGGUGCAUCAAGAAGCUGACAGAUAAUCAGACCUCCACCAUGAUCAAAGCCACAGCUCGCUCUGCCCCCGACAGACAGGAGGAGAUCAGCCGGCUGGUGCGGAGCGCCAACUACGACGCAGACCCGUUUGUUCAGGAGUUCCAGUUCCGCGUGCGUGAUGAGAUGGCCCAGGUGACCGGGCGCGUGCUGCCCCCCCCCAUGCUGCAGUACGGUGGGCGGGUGAGCUCUGAACACUUUAUGAACCGCACGGUGGCCACGCCCAGCCACGGGGUGUGGGACAUGAGGGGGAAGCAGUUCCACACAGGUGUGGAGAUCAAGAUGUGGGCCAUCGCCUGCUUCGCCACGCAGAGACAGUGCAGGGAGGAGAUCCUCAAGGGCUUCACCGACCAGCUGCGUAAGAUCUCAAAGGAUGCUGGGAUGCCCAUCCAGGGCCAGCCCUGCUUCUGUAAGUACGCCCAGGGGGCCGACAGCGUGGAGCCCAUGUUCAGACACCUGAAGAACACCUACUCUGGCCUGCAGCUCAUCAUCGUCAUCCUGCCUGGAAAGACCCCCGUCUACGCGGAGGUGAAGCGUGUGGGAGACACUCUCCUGGGCAUGGCCACCCAGUGUGUCCAGGUGAAGAACGUGGUGAAGACCUCCCCCCAGACCCUCUCCAACCUCUGCCUGAAGAUCAACGUCAAGCUGGGGGGCAUCAACAACAUCCUGGUGCCUCACCAACGGCCCUCAGUGUUCCAGCAGCCCGUCAUCUUCCUGGGAGCCGAUGUUACCCACCCUCCUGCUGGGGAUGGGAAGAAGCCCUCCAUCGCAGCGGUGGUGGGCAGUAUGGAUGCCCACCCCAGCCGGUACUGUGCUACGGUUCGGGUCCAGAGGCCCAGGCAGGAGGUCAUCCAGGAUCUGGCGUCCAUGGUGAGAGAGCUGCUGAUCCAGUUCUACAAGUCGACCCGCUACAAACCCACCAGGAUCAUCUUCUACAGGGACGGAGUGUCUGAGGGCCAGUUCAGACAGGUGCUGUACUAUGAGCUGCUGGCGAUCCGAGAGGCCUGCAUCAGUCUGGAGAAGGACUACCAGCCCGGCAUCACCUACAUCGUGGUGCAGAAGAGACACCACACCAGGCUGUUCUGUGCCGACCGCAACGAGAGGGUUGGACGUAGUGGCAACAUUCCUGCCGGCACCACUGUGGACACGGACAUCACUCACCCCUACGAGUUUGACUUCUACCUCUGCAGUCACGCUGGGAUACAGGGCACCAGUCGCCCCUCCCACUACCACGUCCUCUGGGACGACAACUGCUUCACGGCUGAUGAGUUCCAGCUGCUCACCUACCAGCUGUGCCACACCUACGUACGCUGCACACGCUCAGUCUCCAUCCCUGCGCCAGCCUACUACGCCCACCUGGUGGCCUUCCGCGCCCGCUACCACCUGGUGGACAAGGAGCACGACAGUGCGGAGGGCAGCCAUGUGUCUGGACAGAGCAACGGCCGGGACCCCCAGGCUCUGGCUAAGGCCGUGCAGAUUCACCACGACACUCUGAGGACCAUGUACUUCGCCUGAGCAGCCCUCCUCCUCCCACACACACACCACCCCCUCUCUCCCACACACACACCACCCCCUCUCUCCCACACACACAC